AUGAGAGACUCAUCACAUAUAUGGGCUCCUCCAAUAUACAGGAGAAUUCUCAGCACAGACAAGAGGGAGAAAGAUUCUUCAGAGAGGUGCCUGUUGAAGAUCAGCUCUAUAGUUAUUCCUCCUUCACUGGAGCUCUCCAAGGUUCUUGUCAAAGAUAUGAAGAUAAAAUUGCUCAAUGGGAUGAAGGAUUUGCUAGAUAGAUAGUGGUACGAAGAUUCAGGCUGUUCAAGCAUGGGGAUGGUUUAUUCGAAUGCUCGGGUCCCAUGCUUUGAAAAACAAGCAUUUAGUUAAUGAUAUGUUGAAAAUACCUGAGCGUACAUUUACAGAUCCUGACCCUCAAGUUCAGAUUGCCACACAGGUUGCCUGGGAAGGUCUUAUCGAUGCCCUUAUUUCUCAUCCAAUAUUGGUUUCAGAGAAAAAGACACCGUCUAAGGAUACUUCUCUCCAGAAACAGCAUUCAUCUAGUAAGACCAAUUGUGUGGAUCAAGUAAAUGGGAUUUACAAAAGCAUAAAACUUAUAAUGACUCCACUGAUUGGCAUUGUGUCUAGUAAAUGUGAUAUAUCAGUUCAUUCAUCCUGCUUGAAUACAUGGUGUUAUUUGCUACAUAAGCUUGAUACCUCUGUCAAUGAAUCAUCAUUGAUAAAAAUGGUUUUAGAGCCUAUUCUUAAAGUAAUAUUUCAGAAUGGACCCGACAGCAAGACCAUCUGGUUAUGGAACCUGGGCCUUGAUCUACUCAGUGAUAGUGUGUCACAGAAGUGUAGAGAUGCACACUGCAUUGAAACCGGACAUUCUUCAUCUGACAAAAGCUCUUGGAAGCAACAUCCAAUUAGAUGGCUGCCAUGGGAUAUCAGUCGAUUGGACUUUUAUCUGAGUAUCAUUUUUGUUAUCAUUCGUCAAGCAUCAGGGGCAACAGUCACACGUGAUCACAGAAGUCAUGUUUAUGAUGCUGCCUUAAAGAUAUUUAAAUAUGUUCUGAAAGGAGUCAAGCUGGACAUGGAAAGUCCAUCUACCAAUUAUGAUGCUGUUAUAUGCUGCUUGAACACAUUACUAACAUUUGUCAAAAUAGUAUGUGAAGAUUUAUACUCAGAUGGAAGUGAAAAUUAUGAUGUGUAUUAUACUUCCCUUCGGUUUAUAGAUGCCGUCACAAAGGAGUUAGGUUCUUCUAUCUUGGGAUCUCCUCUGUACAAGUUUCCCUUAGACCUAAAGUACAUUAAUGACAUGCAAUCAGUCGAUCAUAACAAACACCUAAAAUUUCUGACUGUCAACUGUAUUUGUUAUAUGGACAAGGUCUCUCCAUUGGUUUAUCUGAUAGUGCUUUACUUCCAUAUGAUGGUUCAGUUAACAUUAAAGUUCCAGCAAUCAGACCACAUUUCACAAGGGAUGUCUGAAUAUUUUAAAUUUAUUUUUUCUUCAAGUAAUCUCCUGGACAAUCUCCUUACUUGUACUGGCCUCUUGUACAAACAUGCUGAGCCUAUUUACUUAAAUAUAUGGGUAGCAGUGGCUCAAGGUCUAAAUUACUGUGUAUGCAAUGCAAACUGCAAGUCACUAAAGGAAUCCUUGUCUGACGGUAAUGAAUAUUAUUCCAUAUGCCACCUUUUAAUUUACCCCAUCGUGGCACAUUCUGAAGUUCCAAGAUUGACCUCGUCAAAUGCUAGUGGUUCUAUGGAAAAGUAUCCUGUAUCAGCAGACGAAAAGCCAAGUCUUGAACUUGUUAUUCAAACAUGGAAAUCACUUUAUGGUUCUCUUAGUGCAGGCUUUGGAUGUUCAACAACCACCAAUUUCUCAGGGGAUCUGUGCAAAUUGAUAAAUAGGUGGCUUGAUGAAAAUGUCAGCAUGUUAGGGAGUGGCACUGAUUUCAAGUUAACAUACAAUGAUAUAGAUCUUGGUGUUCUUCAUCUAUCUGGCAAUUUCUUGAUAUGCAUUCUUGAACAGAUUCAGACUUUGGAAUUAGUUUCAGAAACCAGCAGAAGUAAAUCUGAAUGUGAUAGCAAAAUACUCUACAGUAUAAAGAACUGCCUAACCUUUGCUUCCAAGUACAUGCAUUUGUUGAGGAUAAAGAUGGUGACAGACCCACCGCCUAGUUUUGUUGGGACAUCAAGGCUAUCUUCUGCAUUAGCAUGCUUUAUUGAUCACCUUCACCGGAAGCAAGAUAUUCUUCUUUUUCUGGAGAUUAUUUCCUGUCCACUACUUCAAUGGCUAUCAAAUAUGGGAGUGCAGAAUGAAGGAACAAACAAUAACCUAAAACUUCUGUGGAAUGAAAUUCUCAGUUCCUUAAGAAGAAGUCAACCUCCAUUACACUUCGGUUCAGCCUUACUCGAACUUCAUGAACCUCUAUUUGAAAAAACUCUUGAUCACCCAUAUCCCUCCAUAUCAGAGGCAACUAUAGAAUUUUGGAAUUCUACAUUUGCUCAACAAAUUAUUUUUGAUUUCCCCCCACGCCUGCUUCAUGUCUUGGACAAGCUAUCCAGACAGGGGAAAUUAAAACUUCAGAGUAGAAGCAUAUCAUCUUUUAAAAAAUGUAAUACUCGUGAAGAAGUUGGCGACGCUCUGCAGGGAUACAGAGUUGCUGCAAAACAUAACAGGACUUCUAAGAGGGUGGAAUUAGUGUUGGAUACACAAAAAGACGCACCUUUUUCAAGUUUUAAAAAGAAGAGGUUGGAACUGACUGAGCAUCAAAAAGAAGUCAGGCGAGCUCAGCAAGGAAGGCAAAGGGAUACCGGAGGACAUGGGCCAGGAAUUAGAACUUACACCAAUGCUGACUUUUCACAACAAGGGUUUGAUGAUUCACAAGAAAGCUUAGAUGCCAUUAGAGAUUCUGAAGCCAUACUAGAGAUGUUGAGAAAAACCAUUUAAUUGACUUUAAGUGCUGCACUGUGCGCUACCACAACUUAUGGAGGGGGCUGUAUUUCUAAAUGCCUAAAUUAUUAUCUAAAGACUAAUUUAACUUGUAUUGGUAAAAAAUAAAAAUUGUAAACUUUUUUAACUUAGAUAUAGUUAAUCCAGUUUGUCCUUA